AUGCCAUCUUCCAAGGGAGAACCAACAGAUCCUGAGCUUCGUGAGAGGAUCAAGGAGGAAGUCAAGAACGAGGAGAAAGGUGGAGGCAAAGGGAGCUGGAGCGCAUGGAAAGCUGCUGAAUUAUCGAAGCGAUACGAAGCCGAGGGAGGUGACUACAAGGAUACCGGAGACAACAAGAACAAGGCGAAGAAGGGCGAACCGGAGAAGAAGUAG